AUGCUUAGAGACCGUAGAAAGGUCGAUAACGGCUCGAGUGUCCGUGUAGGUCCGGAAAUACAAGACGAAGACGAUGACGAUUGCUUCGCUAGAACACAAUUCACAAACGGCGACAUAUUUAGAAUGAUAGGCGGGAUACUAAUUUUGGGACUUUUAGCAGGAAGGUUAAUUACAGGAUCAGUAACGUGGAAUAUAUGGCGCAGGUCGAUUUCUCAAGUAGACUUGGUGAAGCCUUCGGCAUAUUGGGUAGGUCAGGACCUACCGCGAGCAUUUUCCGUCAAUCAGUUGCAACAAUUCGAUGGAUCGAACUUAAAUCUUCCAAUAUUACUAGCCAUACGAGGCCAGGUUUUUGAUGUCAGCAGAAAAAGUGGCCUGUACGGUCCACGAGGUCCGUACCAUCGUCUGGUGGGCGCAGAUUGCUCCAAAUCUUUCAGUCAUCCUACAUGGAGUAUGCAAGCUUUUCGGGAACCCUGCAGCAAUGACCUAACGGGGCUUUCAGACGAGGGGCUUCAACGAGUAGUUAAGUGGGUUGACUUUUUCCAAAAUCGGUAUCCGCACAUUGGAUAUGUUACCGACUCAAAGCCCUUACUGGCUUAA